AAUUGCUUUAUUAUCUUUUUAUUGACUUCAUCUUGAUCAAGAAUGCCAAUUCCAUUAUACUAUAUCUGCAAAUAUCCCGAAUCAUCUAAGCAAUUCUCUCAAGGGUUUCCAUUACUCUGAAAUCAUAGAUAUAUGAUUGACAGAUAUUUACUUCGAUUUCAAUGAGAACUAUGAAAACAUUUAUUGCAAAACGCUAAUUAUAGUAUUUAAAAUGCUAGGAAUUGUCGCAGGCGUUUAUCUUGUGACCGGAUACUUAUGACCGGAUGCUUAUUUCAAUUUCACAGUUGGUUAUUUCUGUAAAUAAUGCCCGGGUCACAUUUGCUCCGAUCCAUUGGCCGGCGCCCGCCCUAUUGAGUGUUCUGUUCAAUAUUGUAUACAAUUUUGAACAAAAUACUCAAUCGGCCGGGCGCCGUAGUGAAAAUCGGCUCAAAUGUGACCAAGGCAUCAGCGAUAUGACGAGUCUAAAUGAAACUUAUCUUACAUGUAUUGUUACAGUUUUCAUCACAAGUUGAAAUACAUAGGUUUCUAAACCACGAAUUGCCGCAUCUGUGUACACUAUCGGCCUCAUCGUGGUUAUAGCAGGGCCAUUCAUUGGUGGCGGCUCCAGCACUACAGUCAACUGCAGAAUAUACAAAAAUAACAAGAAUUACAGCACGAAAAAUCGUCAAUAUCACGACUGCUUUUGGGUUUCAUAAUCUACUUCGUGAAAGGUGUUACCACAUGGGAUUAUAUCGUGAGGGGUGUUACCAUAUGAGAUUAUAUUGUAAAGGGUGUUACCACAUGUGAUUAUAUUGUGAAGGGUGUUACCAUAUGAGAUUAUAUUGUGAGGGAUGUUACCAUAUGAGAUUAUAUUGUAAAGGGUGUUACCAUAUGGGAUUAUAUUGUGAAGGAUGUUACCACAUGGGAUUAUAUUGUGAAAGGUGUUACCAUAUGAUAUUAAAUUGUGAAGGGGGUUACCAUAUGAGAUUGUAUUGUGAAAGGUGUUACCACAUGAGAUUAUAUAGUGAAGGGUGUUUCCAUAUAAGAUUAUAUUGUGAAAGGUGUUACCAAAUGGGAUUAUAUUGUGAAGGGUGUUACCAUAUGCGAUUAUAUUGUGAAAGGUGUUACCACAUGGGACUAUAUUGUGAAGAGUGUUACCAUAUGCGAUUACAUUGUGAAAGGUGUUACCACAUGAGAUUAUAUAGUGAAGGGUGUUUCCAUAUGAGAUUAUAUUGUGAAAGGUGUUACCAAAUGGGAUUAUAUUGUGAAGGGUGUUACCAUAUGCGAUUAUAUUGUGAAAGGUGUUACCACAUGGGACUAUAUUGUGAAGAGUGUUACCAUAUGCGAUUACAUUGUGAAAGGUAUUACCACAUGGGAUUAUAUUGUGAAGGGUGUUACCAUAUGAGAUUAUAUUGUGAAGGGUGUUACCAUAUGAGAUUACAUUGUGAAAGGUGUUACCAUAUGAAGAUGAUUAUGAUUUAGAUUUAAUAACAGUACAAAUAUACCCCCAAAAUCAACAUUAAUUUAAGUUUUUCUCUCACCUGUCUCGCAUAAGUCACCUGCAUAGCCCGUCACACAGUCACAUGCGCAGUUGGUAAUGUUAAACGUUCCACCAUUCUCACAUCGCAAUAUGCCCGAUAGGUUGGGACAAUCUUUCAGAUACAUCUCUAGAAUCAAAUUAAUCAACCUUGUUAUAUGUCGAUUAGAAAAGCUGACGAUAAAUAAUGAUUAUAGUAACAGAAAGAUGAGGACCAUGAUAUGACGAUUUGAAAAGCUGACGAUACAUACGAGAACUAAUGGUUUUAGUAACAGUUAGAUCAGGACCAUGGACAACUGGAUGUUAGCUCUUUUAAUGUUCAAAAACGUUGGUCAAAAGUAUACUAUAUCCUACCCAUUAAUGAACUGA